AUGAAAUUUAGUGACCCAUUAUUUCAGCGACAAUCCACAAUCCCCUCAACUGGGAAAGCUCCCACGUCUGCCCACGAAGAAGCCAGGCUUUGUUUGAAACACAGAGAAGGAAGUGGUUUAGGCAACCAUUUUGUAUUCGCUGGUGACUCAACGCUGAGAGGAAAAGUAGUUAAAUUUGCCGAAAUUUUGGGAUUAGAAAUUAUUGACGGGGAUUUGAACGAUCAGCACGGCAACAGAACAUGGAGUGGAGCCCAUGGAACCGAAACUGACGACUGUGCCAAAUAUAUCUCCAAGCUGGAAGAAACAUCAGCAUUUCUGAAUAACUCUGACAUUGACAAUGUGGUUUUUAUGCUUCAAGAACCUGUGGACCCAAAGUGGGAAAGACUGAAUUCCAUUGCUGAUUUUUGGGAAAUUCUCAUCAAAACCAAACAAGUGGUGAAAAAGGUCACACCGGAUGUGGAGCCUGGGUACUUGAGGAACUUGAUACCCUAUGACCCUCCUGACAACCCUGAGCCCUGGAAAAAUAUAAUUGCGGAUGUUGAGUCCAAAAUCAUGAUUGGGAUGACACACUGGCAACAUCCUCAGUUCCAUGCAUAUUUCCCUGCUGGUAAUUCAUACCCUUCAAUUUUGGGGGACAUGCUUGGUGAUGCCCUAGGAUGUGUUGGGUUCUCCUGGGCUGCUAGUCCAGCAUGCACAGAGUUGGAGACCAUUGUUUUGGACUGGCUUGGUAGGAUGAUAGGGUUGCCAAAGGAAUUCCUGGCCUUCUCAGAGGGCAGCAGAGGUGGUGGAGUUAUUCAGACAUCUGCAAGUGAAUGCAUCCUGGUGAAUCUUCUGGCUGCAAGAGCACAGGCCAUCAAAAAGCUUAAACAGCAACACCCAUUUGUGGAGGAAGGUGUGCUGUUGUCAAAACUCAUGGCUUAUUGUUCCAAAGAGGCCCAUUCUUGUGUGGAAAAGGCAGCCAUGAUCAGUUUUGUAAAACUGAGGAUCCUUGAGCCUGAUGACCAAUUCAGCCUCAGAGGAAACUUGCUUAGACAGGCAGUCGCAGAGGACGUUGCCAUCGGCCUAAUCCCCUUCUUUUGCUCCACAACGCUGGGAACGACAUCUUGCUGCUCGUUUGACAACCUGCAUGAAAUCGGACCAGUUUGUCAAGAGUUUGGCAUUUGGCUCCACGUGGACGCCGCUUAUGGUGGCAAUGCAUUCAUUUGCCCGGAAUUUCGUCAUCUAAUGAAUGGCAUUGAGUAUGCCUCGUCAUUCAAUACGAAUCCCAACAAGUGGAUGCUGGUCAACUUUGAUACUUCCACCAUGUGGGUCAAGGAUAGGUUUCAACUCACACAGGCCCUGGUGGUGGAUCCUCUUUAUCUCCAGCACAACUAUUCCGACACUUCAAUUGAUUACAGGCACUGGGGGAUCCCUUUGAGUCGUCGAUUUCGAUCCCUGAAACUAUGGUUUGUUAUUCGAACUUAUGGAGUGACUGGAUUAAGGGCAUAUAUUCGAAACCAUUGCCGACUCGCCAAACGGUUCGAGAAGCAUGUUGAAGCCGAUGCCAGGUUUGAAGUCGUCAACAACGUCCGGCUGGGACUCGUUUGCUUCCGUUUGCGUGGUACCAACCACUUGAACCAGCAGCUCCUGAGUCUCAUAAAUGCGUCUGGGCGGCUCCACAUGGUACCAGCCUUGCUUAAUGACAAAUUCGUCAUCAGGUUUUGCGUUACAGCCGAACACGCUGUUGAGGACCACAUUGGUAAGGUCAAGGAUAGGUUUCAACUCACACAGGCCCUGGUGGUGGAUCCUCUUUAUCUCCAGCACAACUAUUCCGACACUUCAAUUGAUUACAGGCACUGGGGGAUCCCUUUGAGUCGUCGAUUUCGAUCUCUGAAACUAUGGUUUGUUAUUCGAACUUAUGGAGUGACUGGAUUAAGGGCAUAUAUUCGAAACCAUUGCCGACUCGCCAAACGGUUCGAGAAGCAUGUUGAAGCCGAUGCCAGGUUUGAAGUCGUCAACAACGUCCGGCCUACGGCAAAAGAAGAACCAUCAGAGGAGCCAGAACAGGUGGUACCAAGAGUUGAAGCAGUGUCUCCUGGUCUCUAUCUGGAGGACAUGAAACAAGAUGGCGUCGAAAAAAGCGCUGCUGUCGAGGAGCCGGAUGAGAACGCGUCGCCAGCAGUCGACACGGACACGGACACGGACGCCCGCCAGCAGCAGCAGCAGCAGCAGCAGCAGCAAUUGUUGCACAAACAGCCGCCGGGACGCCCCAGUAGGCGCCCCUCGCCUAGGGACGCGGCGGCCAUGUCUGCACAGGACAUGCUCAAGUACAAGCGGUCCUUUUUCGUGCGGAUGGUGAGCGAUCCCAAGAUCUACAACCCCAAGAUCAUCCGUAGCUUGAGCACUUACACUGCUGAGCACCACCACACGAACCCCGGGGCGGCGGCAGCGGGCGCCGCCAUGGCCGCCACUGCUGCUGCUGACUGCCUGCCCGAGGAUGAGGACGAGGAUGAUGAGCAGCAGCUACCCUUGCCUAACCUCUGGCCCUUGGCGUCCAUCUUAAGUGGAUCCGGACCGGAAUCUGGCCCAUAUCCGGCCUCGUCUGGCCCUGCACCCAAAGUUCCAGUUCAGUUCCGCAAUUGGAAUACACAAUUGACCCUGCGCAGUCCUAGGGUUCAGUCUCGAAGCUCCUCGCGCAGCCCCAAGCGCAGUGCUACCAUCGGGGGUUCGGGUGCCAAUAAUGCUGGUAUGGCAGGUGGCGCCACGAGCGUGGACGAGUCUCAACAGACGGACAAGUCACCAUCCAAC